GAUUCUCAAUCUCAAUUUGAAAAUAGUAAAAAAAAGAGUCAACAGCUGUCAUAUAUUGUAGUAUUGACUAAAGUUUUUUAUUUUAUUUACUUUGUAAUUGUAAAUAAUUGAACAUAAAUCUCUUUUUAUUUUAUGCUAAAUAAAUUAUUUCAUAAAAUAAACUAAAGUGAAUUAUUUAACUAAUAGUUUGGUAGUGAAAUACAUCAAACGAUUCACUUUAUUAAGGUUACCAAAACUAAUAAAUACAUAAUUUUAAUUAACAAUGGAUAAAGAACGAUUUACAAUGCUCCUUUUGGAACCAGGUGAAAUAUUUUUUGAAGAUUACAGUGUGCGUAUGAAAUUAAAUGAAUUUUCGGAUAAUGAAAAACAUGAUUGGAUGGAUGGACGAUUGAAAUUAUGUUCAAAAUCAUUAGUAUUUGUUAAUAAAGAUAUUAAUGAACCGCUUAUAAAACUCCAAAUGAAAGAAAUCAUAUCAGUUGAAAGUGCUAAAGAUGACGAAAAUGAAUCUGGAAAUGUAUUAACUAUUAUCUGUAAACAAUAUGCAGAAAUGCUUAAAGGCAAUCGUUUGGAACCUUAUAAAUUUAUUCAUAAAAAAGUAAAUUUUUUAUUAUCGUUCAAUUAUGCAAAUCCAGAUGAUUGUCUUCCACAUAUCAUGCAGCUUUUACGAGCUUCAACACUUCCAACAGCUGAACAAAAUGCUAUGAUAAUGACUAUCGUACAUUCAAGACAGUCAAGAUUUAAAUUUGAUACUUCUUGGCUUGAAGAUUUAUACGAGCAAGUUGUAUUUGAAGUACAAGCUAGUAAAGUAUUACCAUUAAUUAUUAACCCCGGGAGAGUUUUAAUAACUAAUUCUCGAAUUUAUUUUCAACCAUACAAUAAUUUAGAUCAGCAUGCAGUUUUAAAAAUAAAUAUAAAAAAUGUUAAAAAUAUUUUAAAGAGAAGAUUUUUAUUACGUCCGAUUGGCUUAGAAAUAAAGUGGACAAAACCACCGGAGAAUAAAGUUGAAUAUUUGUUUUUAUCAGUAAAGAAUCAAGAUGAUCGUGAUAAACUUUAUGAGAGUUUGAUAAAUCAACCCGAGCUUAAACUUGAAAUAGUGCCACAAAAUCAAAUGACAAUACAAUGGCAAAAUGGAGCUUUAUCUAAUUAUGAUUAUCUUCUAUAUAUAAAUAGUUUAGCUGAUCGAACAUUUCAUGAUUUAACGCAAUAUCCAGUAAUGCCAUGGAUUAUACAGGAUUAUUCAUCAUCUACUUUAGAUCUCAAUGAUCCAAAAAAUUAUCGUGAUCUAACAAAACCGAUUGGAGCCUUAGAACCAACUAGACUAGAGCGAUUAAAAGAACGAUAUCAAGAAAUGUCUAGUAAAAAGUUUUUGUAUGGAUCUCACUACAGCGCACCUGGAUUUGUAUUAUUUUAUUUAGUAAGAAAAUAUCCCCAAUAUAUGUUGUGUCUUCAAAACGGUAGAUUUGAUCAUCCUGAUCGAAUGUUUAAUAAUGUAGCGGACGUGUGGAAAAACGUAUUGGCAAAUAUGUCUGACUUCAAAGAACUUGUUCCGGAAUUUUAUGAUCCUACCAACAAUGGUGAUUUUCUCGUAAAUAAUUAUGCUAUUGAUUUUGGAUUUCGUCAUGAUGGGACUAAAGUUGCUGAUGUACUGCUACCACCUUGGGCAGAAGGACCUAGUGAUUUUGUUACAAAAUUAAGAAAUGCUUUAGAAAGUGAUUGGGUAUCACAAAAUCUUCAUCACUGGAUUGAUUUAAUUUUUGGAUACAAGCAAAGAGGCAUAGAAGCUGAAAAAGCUGAUAAUGUAUUUUUUCAUCUGUGUUACGAAGGAGCUGUAGAUUUAGAUACAAUUCAAGACAUUAAUGAUCGUCAUGCUCUGGAAGUACAAAUUAUGGAGUUUGGACAAAUUCCUAAACAAAUUUUUACUUUACCUCAUCCAAAACGGCUUAUUAAUACGAUUAAUCUAUCAUCUGACUUAUUGUUAAGUCAAUCAGUUCUUUCCAAUGAAAAUAAAGAAGAAAAAAAUAAUUUGUCAUUAGAGCAAUAUAUUGUGAUUCCGUCUCACAAAGAUAUAAUAUCAAAUAUAACUUUUAUGAACGACCAAGAUAAUAUGGCAUCCGUUGGACAUGAUGGUGUAUUGAAAAUUUAUUCAAUAAAAAACAAAAAAUUAACACGAAGCAUAUCAUUGUCAAAUUUACCAUUAUCGUCAUGUAUUUUCUAUAAAACUAAAAAUGAACAGAACAUAUUAGUUGUUGGUUCAUGGGAUAAUACACUGAUAUUUUAUGAUGUAGAGUUUGGGAAAAUAAUUGAUGUACUAACAGGACAUGAAGAUGCCGUAUCAUCGUUAGAACAAAGUCUUACAAGAAAUAUUUUUAUCUCUGGGUCUUGGGAUUGCACAGUUAAAAUAUGGCAUAGUUAUGAAUCUGGUAAAAAAAUUAAACCACAGGAGUCUUUGAUAGCUCAACUUGAUCAUGAUUCAAAAGUUACUUGCUUAAGUAUUUCAAAAGAUGAAAAAUUAUUGGUAUCAGGUACAGAGGACGGUGAAAUUUUUAUAUGGAAUAUGGAUACGUACAAUUUAUAUUUUAUGGUAAAAGGACACGAAUCGAAAAUAAAUGCAAUGACAUUUGAUUCAGAAUGUAAAAAUAUAAUAUCAUGUGCAAGUGAUAAAUUAAUAAAUGUAUUUGAUAUUCAAACAAGUACAAGAAUAUACAGUACAUCAUUAGAUAAUGAACCAAUGGCUUUAGGUUGGAAUGGUUCAUUAUUAUUAGUUGGUGAUGAUCACGGUCAUCUAACACUUUGGGAUUCACAUGGAGCUUCAUUCCGAUCAAAAUUACAAUGUCACAACGGACUAUUAACAGCAAUAAUCGUAACACUAGACAACAAAUUUGUGAUAACUGGCGGCAAUGAUAAAAAAAUAAUUAUUUGGAAUUGUCAUCAGUGAUAAAAGUUAAUUAUGAAAAAAUUUUAAAUUGUUAAUCUUUUUCCUCAUAUAAUUUUUCUACUUACGUUAAUAUAUUAUAUUAUUUGUACACUAU